UGUUUACAUGGAUACGGUGACGGUUAGCAAAGCAUGUCAACAAAUUGAACAGUGAUUAAAUAAAUAAGUGAUCUUACAACCAACCUAAGUACGAUAGAUCCUAAAAUGACCGAAUUUAAAGAAGUUAAAUAUCAACCCAGGCAGGACUGGAAUCAGACGUCAACAGGAGUUGGACAUCAGUAUCGCCCUGGCUACUACUUUCCUAGUUCCCAUUUCCACCAAUCUAUAGGUGAACCAGUUCCACCGCCGCUUGCACACCAAGACCAGAUAACAAUGGAUCAGCAUUUUGAAACAACCACAGGGAAGGCCCAUGAUAAAAAAUAUCCAGGUUUACUGUACUCAAAUCCCGUACACAAGAAAGCACCAGGCCACUGGAAAGUUGACUAUGUUAAGGAUUUGGCAGAGAAGCUAUCAAAUGGUGGCUGGCGUCGACCUCUAACAAUGGGGAACCAGACUUCAGAGACACAUGAUAAGUUCAACAGUGCUCCUGGGGUGCGACAGAAGUAUCAUUUUGAUGAUGCAGCUGGUCUUGGUCUGCCCAAGAACUUUAACCUUCAUGAUCACCACGUGGAAGGACCUAGCAAGUAUGGACAAGCUACUACCCAGAAUCCAAAGCUGCAGGGGAAACCAUUCUUUGUCAGAGACCGAGGUGUUCUGGCACUUCUCGACCCAUAUCUAUCAACAACACACAAGGACCACAGGGCAUACAAACCUGAGGAGCUGAAGAAAUACCCCAAAAAGGAUGCUGCUACAUAUUGGCAAUGUGAAGAUUAUCCCAAGGCCUGGGGCCAUGGUUUAAAAGACAAUCCAUUGCCAAAAACAUCUGUGCCAAGGGAGCAAUUGCCCAUGCGUGACACAACAUUCUUCAAGACAGCCACCAAAGUUCCCCGGCCUCCAAAAGCUAUGGUCCCUGUUCCCCACUCUGGUCUCAAAUCUGAAUUCACUGAAAACUUCACUCGCCCAUCUGAUGUGAAGAUGAAGGAAGCCAUGUACUGCCCUGUUGAUACUCCAUUUACAUUGCCAGUCCCAGGUACUAAGUCAGUCAUGACAGCACCCAAAAUGUACAACACAGAAUACCAAUUCAUAGGAAGUGAAAAACCUAUCAUGGUUUGAGCACCUAAUAGAAAAUUCUUUUGCUGAAUAUUGUAACAAAAAAAUUGAUUAUUUAGAAAACUGCUUCUUGUUUAUUCAUUCAAAUACAUUUAAUUUGCAACUUAAUCAUGUUUUCAAAAAUAUUUUUCAAACAAUGUUAAAUGUUAGUAACUUUUCACAUACAUAUUUUAAGAAAAAAUAUUAAUUUUUAAACUGUUAUAUAUUGAAAACUUAACAAUUUUGAUGAUCUUUUACUUGUUUUAUCUGUUGUUGUUUUUCAAACAAUAACUAUUUUCAUGUUUCUAAAAAAUGUGUUAUUACAUUUAUACUUACAUUUA